AUGAAGAUCAGCCUCAGCACCUUUGUCGGCAUCUCCAUGGUUGCCUCAAGGAUUGACGCUGACAUUUACUCGGGUCCUGCGAGCGUACUCUUCUUUCACGCCGACUUGAACUGUACCGGCAUCCCGGCUCAUAUCAAGAUUAGCCAGGACGUCAGUUGUCGUGCUGAGCCCGAUGACUACUGUUCAAACUACGACCUCGGCCGGUCCCACGCCUGCGUCACCAAUCUGGCAGAGUCUCUAAGCAAUACUUUUGGAGAAUCCCCCUACGUGGUCGUCGAGUACUACACAGAUGCGGGCUGCUCUACGAUUAGGCAGACGUUCGCGUUCCUGGCGGAUGGAAAUUGUCACGAGUAUUACCUUGUCGACACUAUCGCUUCUCAGCGCACAACGAUUGGUGCGGAUGGCAGGGUAAAGGUUGAGGGCUUUUCGAACGAGUACGGUCGGUGCUCCCCUACCCUGGAAGUAUUGCUCGACCAACCCGCAGCAAAUAUCAACACCGGUGGUUGUAUUGCAACAACGGGGCAAAUGCCCAAACGAUUUUACUCCGUUGGCACAAGUCCAGACUCUUCGAGCGGCUCGACUACAGGCGGUUCAACCGACUCGACAGCGACGUUGACAACAAAUACAACCACCAAGACCUCUUCGGCGGCGACGACUUCGCUUGUGAGCUCGGCUGCGACUCUGUUUGUCGGUGCUGUGUUGUCGACCAUGAUGGUAGUAUUUUAA